AUGGACCCAGAGGACGUGCUGAGUGUGAGCAUACCUCUGGAGGAGCCACAGCGCCCUCUCCUGGGAGGAACGCUGCUGCUACCAUGUUACUUUGAGGACCACACUGUCCCAGACCCAGGGGCUCCCACCAUCACUCCCUUCUCUCAUCGCAUCAAAUGGAGCCUCGUCACCAAAGAAAAAGUUACGACAGUCCUGGUGGCCUUGGAAGGACAGGUGCGUAUCAGCGAGCGCUACCUGGAUAGAGUUCAUCUGGUGGCCUACCCCAUGACUCCUACAGACGCUAGCAUCAAGAUCUCUGAGCUGCGGUCCAGUGACUCGGGGGUCUACCGCUGUGAGGUUCAGCAUGGCAUCGAAGACGACCACGACAUCGUCCACGUGCAGGUUCAAGGUAUGGUGUUUCACUACCGGGCCAUCAUGGGUCGCUACAGUUUGACCUUUGAAAAGGCAAAGGCAGCGUGUACCCAGAACAGCGCCAUCAUGGCUUCGCCUGAGCAGCUUCAAGCAGCCUUCGAUGAUGGAUUCCACCAGUGCGAUGCCGGCUGGCUGUCCGACUAUACAGUCAGGUAUCCAAUUCACGAUCCUCGUGUGAACUGCUAUGGUGACAAAGAAGAACUGCCUGGUGUCAGGACAUACGGAGUAAGAGACCUCAAUGAGACUUAUGAUGUCUACUGCUUCGCUGAGAAGAUGGCAGGCAGAGUUUUCUACACCGCUUCUGCAGAAAAGUUCACCUUCUCUGAGGCUGUGUUGGCUUGCUCUAAUCAGGGAGCUCAGUUGGCCACUACUGGUCAGCUGUACCUGGCCUGGCAGGGUGGGAUGGAUGUCUGCAACGCCGGCUGGCUGGGAGACAGGAGCGUCCGUUACCCCAUCAACAUUCGUCGGCCACAGUGUGGAGGUGGUCUGUUGGGGGUCCGAACUGUUUACCUACACACAAACCAGACCGGAUACCCUCUUCCUGAGUCCCGCUACGAUGCCUUCUGCUACACAGAGUCCCCUGAUGAGGAAGGUUCAGGCAUCUUAGAAGAGGGCAGUGGUGUGCUGAGCGUUGCCACAGUGACGCAGAGUCCAGAGGUGUUCUUCAGGAGGACGACCACGGAGAGCGAGGCGGUUGGUGAGGUGGAGACUCAGCAGCCUACCGUCGUGGUCUACACAGAGAGCCCCACCGAACUGCCGCUUCCUGAGCCACCAAACGUCACUGAGUUUGUCACUGACGUGAUAGAGGCAGCCACCGCCCGCCCCGACAUAGGCAGGGAGCCCAGCAAAGGCUUCGUGAUGCCUCCAACUGGUGUGGUCUUCCACUAUCGCUCACGCUCAAGCCGCUACGCCUUCACCUUCGUCGAGGCCCAGCUGGCCUGUCAGAGUGUCGGAGCUUCCAUAGCCACACCAGAGCAGCUGCAGGCAGCAUAUGAAGCUGAAUAUCACCAGUGUGAUGCAGGAUGGUUACAGGACCAGACUGUAAGGUACCCAAUUAUUUCACCUCGAGAGAAAUGUGCUGGAGAUCUGGGGGAUCAACCCGGAGUUCGAUCUUAUGGUUUGAGGCCAGCAGAUGAAAGAUAUGAUGUGUACUGCUACACUGACGGGCUCAAAGGUGAGGUUUUCCAUGUGGCCUCUGCUGAGGGUUUCACAUAUGAUGAGGCUGCUUCUAGCUGUCAAGAGCAGAACGCCCUACUGGCCUCGACUGGAGAGCUCUACGCAGCCUGGAAAAUGGGUUUCGACAAGUGCCGUGCUGGCUGGCUUGUGGAUCGUAGUGUCCGGUAUCCCAUCAACAACCCCCGUGCUGAGUGUGGAGCUGGGAAAUCAGGAGUACACACUGUGUACACUCACCCCAACCAGACAAGCUACCCUGAACUUGAUGCCAGAUUUGAUGCAUACUGUUUCAGAGCUGACCUUCUGCUUAUUGCAAAUGAAACUGGACUAAACGUCACAGAUAUCCAGGAGGCCUUCCUUAACAUAACAUCAAUCACUGAUCUGUUGAGGCCUGCGGUUCCUUCCAUCCUCUCUCCCAUCCCUGUGGAGACUUCUGGCUCUGGAUCAGGCUCAGCAGACUUUGGCUUAGGGUCUGCCUCAGGGGAUCCCUCUGGAGACUUGUCUGGUUCUGGAGACAUUUCUGGUUCUGGAGACAUGCAUGGCUCUGGAGAUCUGUCUGGCUCUGGAGACAUGUCUGGUUCUGGAGGUCUGCCUGGCUCUGGAGACAUGUCCGGUUCUGGAGACAUGUAUGGCUCUGGAGAUCCGUCUGGCUCUGGAGAUCUGUCUGGCUCUGGAGACAUGUCUGGUUCUGGAGGUCUGCCUGGCUCUGGAGACAUGUCCUGUUCUGGAGACAUGUAUGGCUCUGGAGAUCCGUCUGGCUCCGGAGAUCUGUCUGGCUCUGGAGACCUGGCUGGCAGUACAAGUGCUGAGUUGCCCAGUGGAGCAUCAGGUUUCAGCAGUACAGAAGCUUCUGGAUCAGCUCUUAGUGGAGAAGGAUCUGGCAUUACAGUUAUUUUUUCAGGCACCGACAGCAUUGUCUCUGGAGAGGGUUCAGUUUCAGGAACACUCCAAGAAGCUGGAGAGGGAAGCACAGGGAUCUUUCUCUUCCCUUCAUCUGAAGUAGGCUCUGGGGUGCUCAGUGGUAGCGGGGAUCUGGAUCUGUCUGGAUCUGGUUUCAGCUCUGCUGAGAGUGGCUCUUCCUUUGACAGCUCUGGGGAAAGUGAACAAUUUUCUGGCAUGCCAUCCGGUUUUAUUACCAGCCAGGACUUUUCUGGAUUCAGUGGCCUGCCAUCAGGAUUUUCUGGUAGUGCGAGUGGACAGUCAGGAGAAUUUUCAAGUGGAAGAAGUGGAGACGCUCAGAUCUUAUUAAUAGAUGGUGAACUGAUAGAUGCAUCCACCCCUAUUAGCCACAAGGAGUAUGAGUUUGGUGGAGGCCAACUGGCAUUCAGUGGCUCUGGAGACAUUUCAGGAUCCGGGAUUCUGAGUGGUGAUCUCAGUGGUUCAGCCUCUGGAAGUGGUUCUGGGUUCUUCUCAGGUGUGACCUUCAUGGGGUCAGGGUUCACUGACCUUACAGGAUCAUCCUCUGGAGAGCAGGAGGCCUCUGGGUUUUUACUCUACAGCUCUGGACAGGGAAGUGGGGAACAUUUGUCUGGAUUUGGAAGUUUGAGUUUCAUCUCUGGGUCUGGAUCAGGAAUGUCUGGAUCAGGAGCAUCUGCACUGGAGUCUUCAACAAGUGGAGAAGAAGGCAGUGUUACAUUUUUGAGUGGGGAUUUUAUGACAGAGGCAUCCGGAGACAAUACUCUGUCUAUGGAGCUUGGACAGGGCUCAGUGGAGUACAGUGAAGAAAGAAGUGGCAGCAACAGUGGCAUCUACUCUGGCAGCGGAGACAACCGCUUGUUCACAGCCGGUGGCACUUCAGGAGCUUCCUCUGGAGAUCUGCCACAGGUGGUGCUGCCCUCUCCAUCCAGUCAGUGGGCACCGACCGAGAGCACCACAGGACCAGAGGAGGCCCUCAGCGGGGCUGAACCGUCACCGACCUCUGGCCCUAUGCUUGCCCCUGCAGGACUGUCUGCUCCUCCCACUGCAGCUACACCAGCCUCUGUUGGGGCUCCUGGCAUUGCUGCAGAAACUGAGUCAGUGGAGGGUAAAUUUAACCCAUGUGACCCCAACCCCUGUGGCACUGGUGCAUGUGCAGUAGAGGACGGGCUCGCCCUCUGCCAUGAGGUAGAUGUGUGCCAUUCCAACCCUUGUGCCAAUGGAGCCACCUGUGUGGAGAGCGCAGACUCUUACAAAUGCUUAUGCCUGCCCAGCUACGGAGGGGAACGCUGUGAGAUCGAUGAGCAGCAGUGUGAAGACGGUUGGACUAAGUUUCAGGGGAACUGCUACCUGCACUUCUCUGAUAGAGAGACGUGGCUGGACGCAGAGCAGCGCUGCCGGGACCUGAACGCCCACCUGGUCAGCAUAAUCACCCCCGAGGAGCAGCACUUUGUCAACGCAAACGCACAAGACUACCAGUGGAUCGGCCUGAAUGACAAGACAGUAGAGAACGACUUCCGCUGGACAGAUGGGACGCCGCUGCAAUACCUGAACUGGAGGCCGAACCAGCCAGAUAACUACUUCAACACCGGAGAGGACUGUGUGGUGAUGAUCUGGCACGAGAACGGCCAGUGGAACGACGUGCCCUGCAACUACCACCUGCCGUUUACCUGCAAGAAAGGCCCAGUGUCCUGCGGCGCCCCGCCAGAGGUGGAGAACGCCCACAUGUUUGGCAACAGGAGGGAGGAGUACCCUGUCAACUCCAUCAUCCGGUAUCAGUGCAACCCAGGGUUCGCACAGCGCCACCCUCCAGUGGUUCGCUGUAAGGCAGACGGGCGGUGGGAGGAGCCACAGGUGCAAUGUACCGACGUGAAAGCAAGAAGAAGAAUAGAACGAAGGAGCAGCAAGAGGGCAGCAGCUGGCGGCAAACUUCACUAAAAAGGAAAAAGAGGAAUUAAUUAUUUUAAAGAACAUUUUCAGCACAGAAAUCUAUUUUCCAUUUUAGUGAAGACGAUUUGAAGGUUUGAAUUAUUGGAAGGCCCUCAUGAAGGAAGCUACAACAUGAAAAUGUGAGCUUUCUCUCUUCUGUCCCCGACCCUCAUAAUAUAUUUCAAUUAUAUCUAAUAAUUUUAUUGCUCUGAGUUUAUUUUUAUUGUGUGUAUUAUGAUAUAACUUUGUUUGGAGGAAUCAUUGGUGCGAUACUUUGCUCCGCGAUCUUCACACUAACAGAAGGCAGCGUCUGUUUGCUGUAGGCUGCUGUAGGCUGCUGUAGGCCUGGUGGUGGAUGUUGGCACGUUGCUGUAGGACUAGUUCAUGGCAGAGGUGUGUAGAGGCUUUGUCAUAUAUUUGCUGACUUUAGGCUCAAUUUGAUAAAAUCAAAAAAAUCAAACUCAAAAAGUUUAGACGUGGGACUUAACUCGGGACUUGAAUGCAAACAGUUGUCUUUUGCAUUGCCAUUGACUUGGUCCCAGCUCUGGUUUAUGGUGUAAGGUACCAAAAGGGUACCUUUUGCAUAUGUUUGUGGACCCAUAUGAGAAAGCUUAUUGUAAAAUGUGUCAGAACACAGCAGGCAGAGUCAAAGGGAAAAACUGUUCACAUCCAUCGUCUGAGCACCAACACGUUUUCUGUCCUUCCUGCUGGUUUCGGCACUCGGUCGGCGGAGUUGACGGUUUAAUUUUUCAUCCUUCAGAAAAAGCAGCUUGAUGCCAGUCCUCCCUGUAAUACAGCAUUAAAAACAGCUUGGGCAGGAAACAGGAAACGUGGUUACAAACUACAGUUUUUUUUUUGCAGGGAGAUCGUUUUUAUCAAACAGCCUUUGCAGAAGCACAGUGUGGCUCCUUCAGAAGGCUGCAGGAUAUUUAUGAAUCUAGAGAUAUCUGGAUAGAAAUAAUGCACCUACAGAGGCAGCAUUAACAGCACCUGGGAGUAAUUGCACUGGUUAGAGGGUUUAGUUUGAUCUGUUCACAGUGGCGUGAAAACGGUCACCUCACAAACCUUUCAGUCCAAGUUUAUUUGUUUAGGGUGCAUUGAAUAGCUGCAACGGAUGUUUCAUUUCAGCUCGGAUCUUAAGUUUGGAUUUAUGUCUGUGUUGCACCCAAAAUGGAUUUUUUGAAUGACAGGUUGGGGAGAGUUUCCAGUUGUGUUGGAGCUGACAAAAACCAGCUAUUUUAAAACAAACUAGGAUCUUUUCCUGAUCCUGACUGAGUGCUUUUGUGCCUAAACCCAACCAGACUUUAAAUACACUGUUGUCACAACUUAAAAUUAAAAACUGUAAUGUAAGAAAUGCAAAUGUUCAACAUAUCACACAUAGCCCCUGUUUUGCAGACACACGUGGUAUCUGAUAAGAUUAUAAUGAGUGGAAACAGAACAUUAAGUCUGUGGUCAUCAUACUAAACUCAGCCAGUUCGACUCACUGUGUAGUCUGCUAUAUCAUCAACUGAAAGCUGAAGCUUUUUGUCACUGUGAAUACACAACCUUUUAUUUAUUGGCUUCACACAGUGACAGAGUGUGUGCUGUGACACGAGAGAGAUUCAGUGCAGUGAUGGGGCUGCAGCAGAAUCAGCCACACAGUCAGGGUGAGCGACUGCUUCAUAUUGUUUGUUAGCCCACAGUCUGUCAUGUUAGCCGCUUUCAGCCCUUUGUUUUCUGUGUGUUUUCUGUCAUCAUGUACCAUGAGGCUGUGCAGUGCAUAGUGUUUGUGUGGAGCAAGUGUCAGUAUACUGAACCUGUUUUCUAUUUCAUGUUUGUAACCUCAGAGGAAAUGACCUCACUGUAAACAGCACAGUGUGAAGAGCCUGUUGUUGUUCACUGUUUCAUUUGUGCACUUGUUUUUGUGUCGUCGUCGCUGUAUUUGGAGGCUGUGCCUCCUUCAUACAUGCUGUCACCUGCUGCAUGAUAAACCAAAGACUGAGAUUUAACUUUCAGUGCUGUACAUGUGACUGCUGAAGCCCCAUUUUAUUAUUAUUUAAAGGACACGUCCGUCAACAUGCUCUGUUUUACCUCUUGUCAACAAAUCACAUUAAAAGACCAAAACCAGCAAUAAAUCGAUCUUACUAUCUUCUGUCAGUGCACCCAAAGUCUGAUUUAUCUUCUUCCUGUGUGCCAUAGAUCUCCACCGUU